AUGGCCCGUGGCGAUGGCGAUGAUGGUGGUGGUGGUUGGUGCCGUAGAUCGAGGCCAUGGCUGGGGGAGGGCGAGGUGGCGGGCUGCGCUGCACUACACUGGGCGACGCUGGGCCGGGCUGGGCUUCUGGCUGUGUUGCAGUUGCAACAAGCGGGGGUGGCUAGCGCAUUUGCAUCCGGCCUGGCUCCCUCGCUCGCUCGCACUCGCUCCGCCCACACCGGAACAAGUCGCGUUCCGGGCGAAGAGGGCAGUGUCGGAGGGGCAGGCCGGCAAGAAUGGCACAGGAACGCUGGGCUCGCGCGUGCAUCGGGCCAAUGGCGGCGCAGCCACACAACCACAGCCGGUCCCCUCAUCUCAACCCAGCUGAGGGCAAGCGACGAGGGUGUCACGUCAGAAACCGCCGUCCCGCGCUACUCUGGCACGGAGCGUUGGAGAGCAGACGCGUCCAUGGUGGCAGCGAAAAGGGGACGCCGUGUGUCGCAGCAGCUGGGCCCCUUGGUCGUCGCCGCGUUCCAGUCGACAGGGAGCCAGGGAGCCAGAGAGCCAGGGAGCCAGGUGGGCGGCAAACGGCAGACUGGAACCAGCAAUAAUAGCAGCAGCAAUAGCAGCAAUAGCAGCAGCAGCACAAGCACCGGCACCAGCUGCGCCAGCCAUGGCGGCACUGGGCAGGCCUUGCCAUGCGACUGCGGCCAGUCGAUGGAUGCGUGA